AUGAAUGAUGCCAAUGGAGGCGAAGGAAAAUUACGAGGAUUAGUUGAAAAUGUUCCACUCUCGUGCGGAGCAGUUCAUACUAAAGCUAAUCUCUACGUUGGAGACCAUGUACCUUUCAAUUUGCUACUAGGAAGACCAUGGCAACGCGGAAACUAUGUUAGCAUUGACGAAAGACAGGACGGAACAUGGCUCGUAUUCAAAGAUCCACAAAAUGUUCAAGCGACACACGAAAUGUUAUGUACCCCAGAUGGUAUCAAUCCAGAAUGGGUUUUUGAACCGUCAACCUGGCUCGGUUCAAAAUUCCCUAGCAGUUUCAUGAUUUUUGAUGAAGAAAUGGUUAUCGAUUCUAAGUCAGAAAUGUCAAAUUUUGACUUACCUAUGGAUAACAUGGCUGGAAUAUUACCUAAUACACCAGUCACUCGAAACUCUACAGAAAUAUCGAAUUUUUGCGGAUUACAUAAUCCCAGUUUUUCAAAAACACAGAAUAUUCUGGAAGAAAGUGAUAUCAUAGGUGAUGUCACAGCUCUAGACCACCAAUUUGAAUUUAUACCUACUCUAUAUGGUAUAAAAGCACCCAGAAACCACUCUAUGAAAAAUAACCCCCCAUAUUCUCUCUCUCAAAAUUUGCAGCCGGCCCACUUACCUAAUUUGGAAAUUCGGGUAAGCGGCAUGCAAAACGCUACCGACUCUCUGAGUGCCAUUUUGGGCACCGCCGGAAGUUACCAGCUGAGUUUGAAUUCUCAAAACAGCAAAACGUUGACGCUACAGCUACAUCCAGUUCCUAGCGCUACCUCUCCCUCACACAAAUCUCUACUCCCCUCUCCUGUUUCUACUCCCAUCCAGCCAGCUACAGCCAAAACUGGAUGGGAGGAGUCCUUUUCAUCUUCUGGCGACCUUGACUUGACCUAUCCGGAUGACGCCGGACCUUUUGGAGACGCCGCCAAGUUGGAAGAAGGAGGAGAUUUAGUGGAAGAAGAACAUAAUGCUACUUUGCACAAUGUGCUUGAUCCCACCACCAUCUACUUGCCGACUCCAAGUGUUCCGCCUCUGGCGCAUCAGGUAUUGUGCGCCCCCGCUACUCCUACUCCCACACCUGCAAUAGGACCUGACCCCACCAAUUCCCCAUCCCUUCCAGCUCUCGACGCUUCCGCUAUGGACUGCGAGCCGCCGCCGCAGGUCCUAACAGCGAUCAAUGUCCUUCCGGAGCCGCCGCCUCAAGUUUUUACAGCGCUUAACGUCCUAUCCCCUACACAUACUACCUAUCCCACCAGUACUAUAUUAAAUACUGGUACCGCUACUACGAGCUUCCCUAAUCCUUUCGCGCCGCUUCCAAUUCCUACUCCCCAUCUUAGUGAAGCCGCAUGGCGCCCAGUUUCCCCACUAUCUACAUCAUCAACUAUAUCUGACCAUCCUAUCCCCCAACCUUAUAACGAAAAACAUGUCCGCACUUCGGUAGACUCGCCUAGCAAUGAACUUUGGAUUGAUGCGCGUCGCGUCGUCCAUGUCACUACUAUUCCUGAUGGCCCGCACCAAGUACCAUUUAUCAACCAAGUCCGUGUAUUGGAAGCCCCCGCUAAGUCUAUUCGCACUAGUCCUCCUCCACCUUAUGUUUCGCAUCGCGCGGACGCAAAUGCGACUCACACUACUACUAUCUUACCAGUACCUGACAACCACCAGUAUCUUUUGGACUAUUUUGCGACAGACUUACCUACCACGUCGGACCAUCACACUCCUAUGCUAGACAAAGUCGCCAACGCUUAUCAAGACUAUACUGAAUGUCAAGACAACCUUUGUGCCUUGGAUUGGGACUCGAGAAUAUUGUCAACACACCCUUUCGUCGACGAGGUCACUGAAUCCUUCCCUUCUGCAGGACCAAGAUCCGAACGAGACUGGGAGGAUCGUGCACAGGACCUUCUCGAUCAUCGUGUUCAUAGUCGUGCCCUCAUUGCAAUGCUCGAAGACAAUAUUUUGUCUCGCAUGUUAGAAGAAGGACUUCGACGUCCUGGAGUCCUCGCAUGUGAUCCCAAUCAACGCAUUGGCACCCAUGUACCACCAACACACUACCAAGCUGAACAUCCUCCUAUCAAUCCAUUUUUUACUCUCGACGAGACUGAUUAUUUGAGCUCACUUGCAGCUGUAGCUGAUUUCCACGGAGAGCAUAGACUUGCAACUUCCGUCGAAGCAGCUCUAUUGAUGCCAUAUCCUGAUCCUGACAUUGUGCAUGCUCUAGUCCAGGAAGGAAUGCUCGAUGGACAUAGUGAGAGCCAAGUAAUUUCGUUCGCUCGUGCUCGAGAUCGUGCACUAGGGAUACAACGAGUUUGUCUUUUCAUGGUUGCAUAUCAUCCCUUUCGGUCUUCGACUCUUGCUGAUACAUCACAGCUCCGUUUUACUAUCUGUUACAAUAACAUGUAA